AUGGGCCCGUCACUACUCUCCAUAUUGGCUCUGAACCCGUCGUUUUCGUCACCUCACUCGGCCGCCCAUGAAGCCCAUGUCCGGAACAGUGCCGCCUUCUCGAGCCGUCCCUCGAUGGUCCUCUCAGCUCCGUUCUCAGUAAUAACCGCAAGGUAUUGGUGGAUCUACCUAGGCCAGACUUGGCGUGUUCUUCGUCGUAAUGUCAACUCUGAAGUUCUCCACCCUGCCAGUCUGAAAGCUUACUCUCUGGAACGCAAGCGGAUCUUGGGAACAUUGGUUAACAGCUUCAACCAGUGUUUCUUGCAUGGCGAUCAGCCCGUUCAUGUGUUCGAUCAUAUCCACCAUGCGGUUUUUUCCUUGUUCAUUCUCAUGGCUUUCGGCGAUGUCAACGAUAGCACGAUUAGAGAAGUUGAACGCAUUCAAGCUGAACUUAUUUUCAACUACGAGCAGUUUGGGGAAGUUGCUAGCUGUUCAGAGAUCGUUGGAAGAGCUCGAAAGAAGUUAAAGCAAGAGGAAAGGAAACAAUCCGAGUUGGUAUCAUACACAGAUACCUUACUGGAUAUGCAAAUGAAUGAUGAUCAUGAUCAGGAAGCUGGCAAGCUUGAGGAAGCCGGUAUACUGAGUUUGUGCUCAGAGUUCAUCAAUGCCGGCGCCGACACAAGCCUAACAACGCUGCAGUGGAUCAUGGCAAAUAUAGUGAAGCACCAAUAUAUUCAAGCCAAGCUUUUUGCUGAAAUCAAGGCCGUUGUGGGGUAA